UCAAAUGCUGUUAUCGGAUCUGUUCAUUCCUGGCGCAUAUCGCCGCGGAACGCAUGCCAGUAUAUAUUUGGACAGUGGAUACAAUAGGUCGAUACUCGGUGCGGAUUAAAGUCAAGAUGACAAUUACGCUAUACUACGCCCCGAUGAGCCCUCCAUGUCGGGCGAUAAUUCUGCUCAUCAAGGAACUCGAAUUGAACAUCGAGCUAAAAGAAGUAAACGUCUUCGCGGGUGAAACUAUGACUGAGGACUUUUUGCGCAUGAAUCCCGAGCAUACAAUUCCGCUGUUGGACGAUAACGGAUUCUACCUUUGGGAGUCACGUGCCAUUCUGACUUAUUUGAUUGACUCCUUCCGCCCGGCGCAUGAUCUCUAUCCGAACAUUCCGAAAGAAAAGGCGCUUAUCAAUCGCGUUCUUUAUCACGAACUGACGGAAUUCUAUCCAAACUCGUUCGGUCUAAUAAUACCGAUUAUGAAGCGCCAAACUGCGGUCGUAUCCGAUGAGUCGAAGGCCAAAAUUAGCAAUGUUUUCAGCAGAUUAGAACUGUAUCUGUCACGGAACGAUUGGUUUGCAGGGGAAAACAUUACCGUGGCUGAUCUGUCUCUAUUGCCGACAGUCGCUUCAUUGGUGCACUGUGGAUUCAAUAUUUCCGAAUUUCCGCGAAUAGCCGAUUGGUACGAAAAUUGUAAGGUUCUGAAAGGAUAUCAUGAUGACCAAGCAGUAGCCCAACAACUUGGAGGGUACUUCCGAUCACUGGUGCCAGAAGGGCUUUAAAGAUCAAAUAGUAUUUCACAGAUUCUUGAUUAAAUGAUUUCUAUUCGCACAACACCGCGUUUGCUUUAACAAAAAAUGUAUAGAACAACAUAUCGCGUUCGGGAACUCGUUAUAGGAAAUAUGUGUUCAUUCCGAAAGUAAACAGUAGGAAAUAAUAAUAGUCUAUUACUGAUACUUAAAUGUAACCUAACAUAC